AUGGCUCGUUGUUUCACUUCAAGGACUCCAUUGAACCCCGGAAGAAGAUUUUAUAGAUGUUCUAAACCUAAGAUUGAAAACUGUGGAUUUUGGAGGUGGGAAGACAGUUCUUCAAAAAAUUCUUCCAUUGAAGUCAAUUUACUGAAGUCUAAAUUGGAAGUUGCUACGUUGAAAAUGGAGAAUUUGAGAGAGUCGUUGAAUGUGAUUAAGAUUGAAAGAGACAAUUUGAAGAAAACAUUGGAGAAUUUAGAGAGUUUAAACUACUUCGAGGUGAAUAAAUCAAGAAAUUUGGAAGCGAAAGUGUCGAAGUUGAAGAUGUUGUGUAUAUUGUCAUUUACUGUGUUUGUGGUAUUUGUUGUUGCAAUUUUCAAGUGA